AUGUUCUUGGCUCACAACACAACCUACUUUGUCGAACGCAGAGAGAAGCUGAAGAUUGAGCUUGAGUACAAUUGUGCUACCAUCUCGCUCACCCUUGAUAUCUGGACAGCACCGAAUCGGGUGCCUAUUUUCGCCAUUAUUGCGCACUGGAUUACGCCGGGGUUUGAGGAGAGAGAAGAGGUUAUUGAGUUUAUCGAGCUCAAAGGAUCUCACACUGGCAAACAACUAGCUGAGAUAGUUGAGAAGACACUUGAGGAGCUCAGGCUCAAGCCCAAGCUUCUCGCCAUUACGGGAGACAACGCCGCCAACAACGGCACGCUCUGUCAGUCUCUGUACGAUUCUCUCAAGACCAACUUCGACGACAAGGUGAGCCCCAUAGGGAGGCCCCGCAUGCGCUUUCACGGCAGGAAGAGUUGGAUCCGCUGUCUGGCUCACAUUACCUCACUCAUUUGCGAGGGCGUCUUGCAAGAUCUCAAGGCAGGCACAGCGAAGGAAGCCAAGAAGAUGCUGGAUAAGUGGGACGAAGAGAAUAAAAGCAACAACUACACCAUUCCGGGAGACUCUAGUCGAAGUGGGAUUGCCAAAAUCCGCCUUCUCAAUCUCUGGAUGCUGAGAUCCGGGCCUAGGGAGCAAGACUUCAAAAGCAUGCCCCGCACGCACCAUCGGAAGCCAACCUACGAUGUCGACACUCGCUGGAAUUCGACCUACGACAUGAUUGACCAAUUCCUGGAGCUUGAGGCAGAGUAUACCGAGUUCGUUGAUACUCACCAGCAAGUCAAGUGCCUCCUGCCCUUAUCGGAAGAGAUUGUCGCUCUCUAUCAACUACGGAAGGUUCUGAAGCCGUUUAAAGACCAUACUCUGAAAGUCUCCGAAGCUAUGCCGCAGAUCUCACAAAGUCUCGAUAUCUAUUGGGAUUUGGAAGCUCUCCUUGAUGAUGUAGUCGAAGGGGUUGGCGACUUUUCAGACGUUGAUAUGUCCAUUCGAAACGCCUUCUCGAAGGGCAAAGCAAAACACGUUACAUAUAUGAAGAAGCUUGACGAUCAAAUGAUGCUAUUCGCAGCUCACAUCCUGGAUCCGCGUCAAGAAGUAUUUCAGAACGGAGUGGCCGGAGCUAGCAAUAUUGGAUGCCACAAACUCAACUAUGAGCCAAUCCAGACCAGCUGA